UAGUGUGUCACCACACUGCUGAUGUUACUAACUAGUGACAUGUACACGCUCAUCAACUACGUGGGCUUCAUCAACUAUCUCUUCUACGGCGUGACUGUGGCUGGCCAGCUGGUGCUGCGGUGGCGGAAGCCGAAGCUCCACCGACCCAUCAAGAUCAGCCUGGCCUUCCCCAUCAUCUACCUCCUCUUCUGGGCCUUCCUGCUCAUCUUCAGCCUCAUCUCGGAGCCAGUCGUGUGCGGCAUGGGGCUCGCCAUCAUGUUGACGGGCGUGCCGGUCUACUACGCAGGGGUGCACUGGCAGACCAAGCCACGCACGUUCGAGGCCUUCGUGGAGUGGAUGACGUUCAACGCACAGAAGCUGAGCGUGGUGGUUUACCCGCAAGAGACGGCACGGAAGGAGGUGGGUGACGGUGGUAACGGCAGUGGUGACAGCGGUGGUGACGGUCGUGACGGUGAUGACGACGACCCGAAGCGACGCUCUCCGAUUUACAAGCCGGGAGUGAGAGCAAGCGUCAAACAGGAGCUGUGACGAGCACCAGCGGACACACCGCCAGCAGGCAACCGCCGACUGGCAACAGACAACCGCCAACAGGCAACCGCCAACUGCCAACAGACAACCGCCAACUGUCGACCACCAACAAACAGCCACCAACUGUCAACCGCCAGCUGUCAACCACCAACAGACAACCGCCAACUGCCAACAGACAACUUCCAACAGACAACCGCCAGCAGGCAACCGCCAACUGCCAACAGACAACCACCAACAAAUAACCACCAACUGUCAACCGCCAACUGUCAACCACCAACAGACAACCGCCAACUGCCAACAGACAACCGCCAACAGACAACCGCCAGCAGGGAACUGCCAACCACCAACAGACAACCGCCCACUUUCAACGACUAACAUACAACCGACAACUUUCAACCACCAACAGGCAACUGCCAACAGACAACCGCCAAUUUCCAGCAGACAACAGACAGCUGUCAACUGCCAACAGACAACCGCUAACUUCCAACAAACAACCCCCAACAGGCAACCGCCAACAGGCAACCGCCAACUGUCAACCGCCAACAGACAACGGCUAACUUCCAACAGACAACCGCCAACUGCCAACCGCCAACAGACAACCGCCAACUACCAGCAGACAACAGACAACUGUGAACCGCCAAAUGCCAACAGACAACCGCCAAUUUCCAGCAGACAACAGACAGCUGUCAACUGCCAACAGACAACCGCCAACCACCAACAGACAACCGCCAACCACCAACAGACAACCGCCAACUUCCAGCAGACAACAGACAACUCUCAACUGCCAACAGACAACCGCCAACAACCAGCAGACAACCGCCAACCACCAACAGAAAACCGCCAACCACCAACAGACAACCGCCAACUUCCAGCAGACAACCGCCAAUGAGCAAACCACCAAACACCAAGCGCCAGCAGACAACCACCAACUGACAAAUGUCAACUCAAGAAGUCACUCAACGACUCACCGAAUUCACUCACGCACCCAUUCACUCACCCAUUCACCCAACCACUCACCCAUUCACUCACCCACCCACUCACACAA